CUUACACUGACACACUCCUCUUACACUGAGUGCGCAGUGAGCCUUCGAGUCGCGACGCGUCAGUAGGGUCAGUCAAGCACAACGCAGCACAAUCCUUUCCUUUUAUCAUCAGGCACAGAGGAGACGAGCAGCAGGAGGCUUCAAAUGUACUUGCUACACACCUUUUCUUGCACUGAGAUCACAUACAAUCCGACUUCCUUGCGGUUCAUUCUUGCAAACAGGAAAGGCCAAAAGCAGCGGAAGUAUCCUGCUCUUCGCUGUCCCCCAGAGUGAGGAUGAGGCCACUGCAGCGUCAUGGCUCAGGGAAAGAGGUAUGCAGAUGCAAGCGCCUCCGACGAUGAGUACGACCGCGCGGACUCUCCAAUCGUCCAUGAGCCUCAGAAUGGGCCUCCCAAGACCAAAAGGGCGCGUCUUCAGAGCAACGAUGCCUCCGAUGAUGAAGACAGCAAUCAGUCAUCGUCCCUGGCUCGGCAGACCGAGCAUUAUGCCGAUCAGAUGGCCACGCAGCUCGCCGAAGAGUACAGAAGCCGUCCGGUCUCUAGGCACGAGAAGGCUGAUUAUGGCGUCAUAGAAAAGGUCGAGCUUUUCAACUUCAUGUGCCACAAGCGACUGAGUGUACAGCUUGGUCCCAACACCAAUUUCAUCGUUGGCAACAACGGAAGUGGCAAGAGCGCUGUCCUGACCGCGAUCACCGCUGCACUUGGUGGAAAGGCGAGCUGCACAAACAGAGGUAACAGUCUCAAAUCUUUCGUCAAGUCCGGGGAAUCUGCUGCCGAGGUCAUUCUGCAAAUCAAGAACACAGGAUCGGAAGCCUUCAAGCAUGACGUCUACGGCGAUCGCAUCACCAUCGUUCGUCGCAUCAACGCAGACGGUGGCGGGAGCUGGAAGCUUAAAGGUCAAGACGACCGAGUCAAGACGACCAAGCGCGAGGAGCUUGAUGCAAUGUGUGACCACAUGGACAUUCAAGUCGACAACCCAAUGUCUGUUUUGAGUCAAGAUUCUGCUCGUCAAUUCCUGAGUGCUUCUAAUCCAGACGACAAGUACCUCUUCUUCCUUAAAGGCACGCAGCUUUCUCAAUUGGCUAAGGAAAUGGAUGUCAUGAAAUCACACGAGAUUCAGAUGAAAGGUCUGGCGCGCAAGCAUAAGGAGACACUGCCUGAGCUCAAGCAAGAUUUAGAGGAGAAGCGCAGGAGAUUCGCCUUGUUCGAGAAACAGCGCUUGAGCAAGUCGAGGUUGGAACAUCUCGGCACUCAGUACAUCUGGAGUCAAGUUGCCGUGCAACGCAAUACUCGGGACCGGGCGCAGGAGGAUGUUGCUGUUCAAGAGGGCAAGAUUAAGAAAGCAAACGCAGCAUUGGAGGCUGCAGAGGCCGCUUUGGAACAUGCCAAUGCGACCAUCUCACUGCUGGAAGAAGAGAAAGAUAAGGAUCAGGGAGUCGAUGAUGAUCUGCAGACCAAUGAGGCCGCAGUGCAGCAGGAACUGGCCGCUGCGCUCGCCGCGGAGCAUCAAGCGAAAAAUAGACUCCACGUUAUCAAUGAUGAGUAUGCCAGUUUCAAGGCCAAGCAGACCAGCAUUCAGAAACAGCUGGAUGACGAGCUCAAAAAGAUUGCCCGUCAGGGAGAAGCCGAGACCUGGAAUGUCCGCCGAAUGGAGUUGCAAGAGAAAGCGAAAAGCCUCCGAGAGAACUCGGACCAGUUGCUCGCCAAGCAAGACGUGCUGGAAUCUGAGCUACCCGGACUCACUCACGCUUCAGCGAAUGCAGAUGAGGAUUUGGCUCGCGGCCAAGCCAGGCUCAGAGAUCUGGAUGCAAGAAUCACCAGUAUCACGAACGCGUCUCGCGAGCAUUUGACGGCGUACGGUAGGAACAUGCCAGAUAUUGUGCGCGCGAUCAACCAAGACAAACAGUGGAGGCAAAAACCGAUUGGGCCCAUCGGAACUUUACUCUCGUUAAAAGACCAGGCAUGGCUUCCGGUGAUUGAAGCUGUUCUGGACAAGGCCUUGAAUGCCUUCAUCGUCACCAAUGAAGAGGACCGCGUCCGCUUGAACAGUCUUCUUCGAAAGUACAGAGGCGACGGAAUUCCAAUCUUGAAAGCAUCGGACGAGCCCUUCGAUUACAGCUCCGGUGAACCGGGGUCAGAAAACUUGACAAUUCUCCGCACGCUCGAGUUCCAAAGCGACUUUGUGAAAAGGCAAUUGAUCAUCCGGCAUCACAUUGAGAAAGGCGUCCUUGUCAAACAACGCCGCGACGGCGAUGCUUUGCUUCGAAGGCACCUGCCGAAUGUCAAAGUCUGCUUUAGUCAAGACAUGUUCAAAGUUACCGGAGGGUACCGAGGUUCCUCUACUGAGACUUUGUACUCGCCUCACGGCCCCACCCGCCUGAGCAAGGAUCAUCAGGCCCAAUUGGCUCAUUACCGUGAAGAGCGAGUGGCAAUCGAACAGAACAAAGGUCUCUUGACAGAGGCAGCAGAGAAGGCCAAAGCUGAAUUGCGUGAGAAAAAGCAGGAAUUGAAUCGCACCAUGGAAACCUCGAAAGCUCUCAAGGCCGCGCUUCGCAAAGCUGACGACGAGAUUCAGCAGCUGACCCUUCGUCUUCAGGAUAAUGAGUCUAGCAGCGUGGCGCAUUUGCAGGAGAUGCUAGAUGACGUAAAGGUCCAGAUGGAUCAGGUCGCUGGCCAAUUUGGCGGCGCCCAGACCGAAUUGAGCGCUGCCCAAGAAAAGGUGCAAGAGAUAGAGGCGAGACAUGCGGAGGCUCGAAAGCAACUGGAGGAGAGGCAAAGUGGUCAAACUAAGAUCAUGAAUUUCAUUGAGAAAGAAGCUCUGAGGCGAGUGAAACAUCAGCAAGAUCGCGCACAUUACGUUAAGCAGAUUGGCCUCUACGAAGCCGAACUUGUUCAGAAGCGGGAGGUUCUCAAGAACGAAGAAGAGGACCUUGCUGAGCUCACACGCCAAGCACAGGAAGAAACAGGAAUCCAACACAUGGAUUUGCCUCGCAGUAUGACUCCUCAAAAACUCGAAAAGGAAAUUGCCGCUAUAGAAAAACAAAUGGAGACGGUCGCUCAAAACACCGGAGGUAUGGGGGUGGAAGAUGCCAAAAUGCGCCUCGAUGCUGCUCAAGCGGCCAUGCGAGACGUGGAGACCAAGAUUGAGACAUUGGAAAGGUUUCAAAAGAGCCUCAAAAACUCGAUUCAUCAGCGUAUGCAGCGUUGGCACGAAUGGCGCAGCCUUAUUUCGAUCCGUGCCAAAGCCCUCUUCACAAGUCACCUUGAACACCGUGGCUUCGCCGGGACGCUUCAAUUUGAGCAUCCAGGUGAGAAAGAGGAUGGAAGCAGAACACCAGGAAGGCUGCAGAUACGUGUGCGCACGGACGCAAGCACAAAUGACGGUAGCGGCUCAAAGUUGAGGAAAGAGAAGGACCCGCGUGCGCUGUCGGGCGGUGAGAAAUCAUUUUCGACGAUCUGCCUGCUGCUCUCCUUGUGGGAGGCUAUCAACUGCCCCAUUCGUUGCUUGGACGAGUUCGAUGUGUUCAUGGAUGCCGGAAAUCGAAGCAUUGCGACCAAGAUGAUCCUGGACGCGGGGCAGCAUAAUUCAAGAAUUCAAUUCAUCCUGAUCAGCCCGCAAGGAAUGGCAAAUGCAAAGCUUGGCCCUGAGACACGUGUGAUCGUCAUGAAGGAUCCAGAGAGAGGCCAAGGGACUUUGGAUUAAGCAGCACUGUUUUUCCUUUCCAUGACUGCUGUUUACAGGCCUGGCUAUUUCUCACGCUUGUCCUCCUUUCGUGAUCGUUGACUCAAUCAACAAGGGAUGUUUGCGUAUACACAUGAUGAAAUGGAAUCUCGACGAGACAUGCUCACUUGC